CCCCCAUCAUGCUGCUACUGGCGCUGCGUAGCUUGUUCUUCGUGACCAUACUGCUCGGCUACAGUACCGGCAUCUGGCGGCUAAUAAACGACUACUUCCGGCGCGAGUUCGAGACGUUCCUGCAGGAGGAGGCCAAAGUGAACAAGUAUCUCCUGCAGGACCCACCCCAACCAUCAGCACCCGUGCCGGUAGCCAGCAGUAUCACGCCGCUACCGCCCGGGGUGUCGAUACGAGCAGCAGACGUCGUCGCCGUGACGUCACCAGAAGUCGAGCCAGCACGUCCAGUCGGAGUGUCGGGAGUGAUACACGAGGCUGAAGCGAACGAACAGGAGUGGCUUCGGUACUGGAUGCGUCGUCGGGCGGCCACGGACACACCACCACCGAGUGACAGCGAAAGUGAGCCACAGUUCUGUUCGGCACCCAUGGCACCGCCACACCACGGUCUUCCGCCGGAGCCAGAGGCGGGGAUGGUGGUACCGGGGGCAGGCUGUUGACGGAAGACGGAAUAAAGCUUCGACCCCCUGGAAGAAGUCUACAUGACAAAACCCUGCACAUGCCGUACUCUGUGUUUCUCUGGGCUCGUAGCGCGUAGGAACUCCCAUCAGAUAUUGCAGGGAUACCCCUGAACAAUGUGCUAGAGGAGGAACUCCUGCCACAAGAAGUGCAUUGUUGGUGUCGCCUACAGUCAACUACAUUCUCAUAAACUCAGAUCGAUCGGAGAGUUGGGGAUUAGUCCCAUUCUAGAACUACUCCCCGAGCGAUAUAUCGUCUUGGGUUCAUCGAUGACAAGUCUGGCAUGAUUUGGAUUGCGUCAAGUUAACGUCAUACGACGGAUCAUGGCAGAGUACGUCCCAUUUUUGUUCGUUCUCUAUUGGUCGCUCUGAACAUUAUUUGUCUAUAGAUCGUUUCAUUAUGUGUAAGCACGAUUUUGACUCUCUCCAUAUGACGUUCCAAGUGUCUAUUUCGACAUAUUUAUUAAGUAUACACUUUAACUUUAAAAAUGCUGUAUCAUUCGCACAGGUUUCUUAAACUUUUGUGAAAAUACGAAGCAUUUCUCCAGAGGAGCGCCAACAGCUUUUGCACAAAUGGUGCACUAUUCCCAACAUUUCACUGAGUCUUUUGGCAAAACAGGGAAAAAUAAGCAUUGGAGCGGUUCGAAACGCAUCAAGGAAAUUCAAAGAAGAAAACAGCUUCAAGGAUAAAAUUUAAUCUGGCGGAAAGCGGAUGGAUAAAAUUUUGAACCAGAAAGUAAUGUGCAGCAAGAAAAGUGGCUCCGUCCGAGAUGUGGCUUAAAAUAUGGGAUCAACUGUGAGUACCGUCCAUAUAGUUCCAAAAAAAAAUUUGGUCUGAAGACAUAAAAUGUGCAGCAAAACCCGAGACGGAGUGCAAAACAAGCUGCAUCCGUUAAACCAAUGGCCCGUAAACUGUGUGAUCAACAGCUUCGUGACAAACGAGUUUUAUUGCAAAUUUGGCCACCAAACUGUCCACAGACAAGACCGAUCGAAACUUUUUGGGCACUUACCAGGGCAUACUUGCGAAAACAUGUAAACCAACACCAUUGAAAUAUUCACCAAAGAUUGGAAGAAAGUGCCCAAAAUUAUCGAAAAUCGGUCUGUGGAAAAGUCAAAAGUUCGAUCAUUAGCAUAUGGUUAGCAAGAAUGUAAUUUGGUGAAAACGUACUGUUAACACAGCGUUCAAAAUUGAAAAAAAAAUUUAGUCUAAUUUGAAUUUUUGGCGUUCAUUUAAAAUCGUGCUUAGACAUAAUGAAACGGUCUAUAUACACUGCUGGCCAAUAAAAUAGGUAAUUGUGUGAAGCUGACAAAAUUUUAACUGUACUCAAGCCACUACUAACCUGAUACUGAUACUGUACUUAGAUACAAUAGUUUCCCUGAGAUACGCUAAUUUUCACAGCAGUCUGAUAUGGCCUGGUCAAUAAAAUAGGUUGUAUACGCUGCAAUUUCAACCGAACUUCUUGAAAGGAAUUAGUUUAUUUGAUCUUGCUGCAAUCAAACUUCAAUUGUGAAUCUAAAAAACAUCGUUGUGUCAACGAUUUGCUCACUAAUAAAUAACAUCACUAGCCCAAAACCUGUUGCCUAAUUGACCUAAACCUAAACCUUGCAAGAAAAGUGCCACUAUUGAUUUAAAAAAAAUACAGAUGAGGUAACAGUUUGCUGCUCAAUAUCGUUCUGAAGGCUACGAAAAAUCGGCAUAGUAUUUUAUGGAGCGAUGAAACCAAAAUAUAUUUGUUUCGAGCAGUGGCUUAGUGGAAUGUUCGACAACCUGCUGGCAAAUAAUUCUAUCGCAGGUUUACAAAAAUUUUUUUUAAGACAUUGAGGUAGAAGUAUCAUGAUUUGGGGAUAUUUUUCAUGAUCUGGUAUAGGUCCCCAUUUCAGAGUACAUAGCACCAUGAAUGCUCUCGAGUGUAUAUCAAUCA